CUUCUUUUCUCUCCUCCCCGUAGCCCUCUUGUCCUCUUUUCUCUCUCUAAACUCACUCUCUCUCUCUAAAAACCUCCGUCGUAAAUCAAAUCAAACCCGCCGCUGAUAGCCGGAAUAUGGACGGAAAUAAAGAGAGAAGGUUCGAUUCAGGUACCUUACACGGCGGUGAUGACGACGGCGACCUGAGACGAGGACCAUGGACGGUGGAAGAGGACAUAACUCUCAUCAAUUACAUCGCUAAUCACGGCGACGGCCGAUGGAAUUCCCUUGCUCGUUGUGCCGGUCUCAAACGUACCGGAAAAAGCUGCCGGUUGCGGUGGCUGAACUAUCUCCGGCCGGAUGUCCGGCGAGGAAAUAUUACGCUUGAAGAACAACUAUUGAUUCUUGAACUUCAUUCCCGUUGGGGAAAUCGAUGGUCGAAAAUUGCGCAACAAUUACCGGGAAGAACGGAUAACGAAAUAAAGAAUUAUUGGAGGACUCGAGUUCAGAAGCACGCAAAACAGCUGAAAUGUGACGUUAACAGUAAACAAUUCAAAGAUACCAUGCGAUAUCUCUGGAUGCCGCGUCUCGUCGAACGGAUUCAGGCCGCCGCCGUGUCCUCCGCCGCCGUAGACGGGAAUAGAUCGUACGAAUCGGUGACUCCGACGCCGCCAGCGGUGAUGAUGAACGGUGGGAGCGAUUUCGUCAGUACUCCACAAGUCACUCCAAGUUACACGUCGGAGAAUUCUAGCUCCGGCGGCGGCGGCGGUUCCUCCGUGUCGGAAUUGACGGAUUGCUACAAUAAUUUCAGUUGUUUUCCGGUGGGUUACGGUCAGGAGGCGGCGGAGCAGCCGCCGUUGCAGAGUCCGGCGCCUGGAUUCUUUAACGAGGAGACAUUGGAUUUUCAGGGGAUGGAGCAGAGUACUUGCCAGUGGAUGGCGGCGGACGGCGGUGUUGACACGUCGGAGAGUUUAUGGAAUGCUGCCGGCGCCGGAGCCGAUUACUUCUGGUUCUUGCAGCAGCAAUUGAAUUAAUAAUUUAAAAGAAAAAAGAAGAAAAAGAUUAAUAAAAAGGAGAAAUAUACAUAAUUUGUAGAGCUGAAGACCAUGAUCUGAAAAAAAAAAAAAAAAAAAAAAAACGAAUUAUAGGAUUUUACCAA